GACUGCAGAUUUGCUACUUCAAUAGGUAUGAAGGGACUGCGUAAAUUGACAACAUCUGCAUUGGCACUGUUCCUUACAGUGUCCUUCCUAUCUUUUUCCUGGAGUGCUCCUCAGGCUCAUUUCCAAAGGAGAAACUGGACUCCUCAGGCUAUGCUCUAUUUGAAGGGUGCACAGGGACGUAGAUUCAUCUCAGAUGAGAGCCAGCGGAAGGACCUGUAUGGCAGAAUGCAGCUUGAAACACGCAGCCAAAACACAAAUCCUUUAUCUCUUUCUGAAGCUGCAGCAUUGUUCCUUAGUUCAUUAUGGAAAGCUCAAGAAGUGGAAGAAGAAAACAGUGAUCAUCCUGGCUACCUGAUGGAUAAUCUAUCAAACUGGUGAAAUAUUUGAAAUUUCUUUAACAUUUGUAUUCCAUCUACCCUGAAACCAUGAUCUGUGUAAACAGUGUUAUAAUCUCCACUUAAAUGCCAAAAAGUUGACGUAUAUAUU